AUCUAAGUCAUUCUAAGGUAUUUUAUUACUUUUUUUUUCUUGUUUGUGUAAAUGACACAAUGUUUAGACCAUUUCUUUCGCAGGACUGAAUGGGAUCAUCCACCAGCGUUUUCAGACAUCAUACACCAUUCAUGAAUGGACGUGCAGAGAGAGAGAGUGUAGGAAAAGCCGACUCUCAUUGUCCUGGUGACAGGCGAUAACUGUUGCACCACCGGACCGCCAAAAGAGAGAAAGAAAGAGAAAUACAAGUAGUCAAUGAACUAAUUAUCUCUACCAGCGAGGACAACGUUCACACACACGAAUGGAUUUGCUUUACCAGUGUCCUCACGUGUCCUUAUCCAGUGUCCUUACCCUGUGUCAGUUGUGCGGAGCUGGGGAAAGGAGUGUGUGUUGAGGGGGAGAUGGUAGAUAAUAAACAACAGUGAUGGGAUUGUGCUGCACGUGACUUCUAUAGUCGUGAUCAAAGAAUGGAUUCGACAGAGGUCGACAUCUGUCGCAGAGAAUGGAUCCAUCGCAGCUGAGUCAGGAGGAUCUUUGCACUUCCGCUGAGGGACAGUGAUGCUAUCAUCGGAGAUAUGAUAAGAAGCAGAACUACAAAGUAGCAACUACAGCAGAAUGAUUAAUUCUCAAGAUAAGGACAGGAUAUCAACACAGCCUUUUUCAACUUCAAGUAUGGAUCUUUUUGCUUCACCACAAGGUCUCGACAUUGAAAAAACAAAAAGAAAGAAAAAGAAAAAUCACAAUUUACUGUCAUCAUAUGAAAGUUACAUAGAUGUAGCUGAGGAUCAUGUAAAUGAAUGUUCAUCUAAAAACAAGCAGACCAUAGAAGAACAAAAGAAAUCCAAGUUACAGGGGUUUGAUGAAAGUGAAGUACAUGCACACAGUGAUCAAGAACAGAGGAAAAAAAGGCCUAGAUCGCAAGACAUGGAUGUUUGUGAUGUGCACGUAUCUAGAGAUUUGGGCAACAGCAUGGUGCUGAUAUCUAGUGAUCAAGAACAGAGGAAAAAAAGAAAGAAGAAAAGGCCUAGAUCGCAAGACAUGGAUGUUUGUGAUGUGCACGUAUCUAGAGAUUUUGGCAACAGCAUGGUGCUGAUAUCUAGUGAUCAAGAACAGAGGAAAAAAAGAAAGAAGAAAAGGCCUAGAUCACAAGACAUGGAUGUUUGUGAUGUGCACGUAUCUAGAGAUUUGGGCAACAGCAUGGUGCUGAUAUCUAGUGAUCAAGAACAGAGGAAAAAAAGAAAGAAGAAAAGGCCUAGAUCGCAAGACAUUGAUGUUUGUGAUGUGCACGUAUCUAGAGAUUUGGGCAACAGCAUGGUGCUGAUAUCUAGUGAUCAAGAACAGAGGAAAAAAAGAAAGAAGAAAAGGCCUAGAUCGCAAGACAUUGAUGUUUGUGAUGUGCACGUAUCUAGAGAUUUGGGCAACAGCAUGGUGCUGAUAUCUAGUUAUAGCAAAUCACACACAAAUGUACCAGGGGAUUCACCAGCUUGCACAGAGCACAGAAAAGACAAAUACAAGUUAAAAGUGUUGAACGAAAAUGAAUCAUGUGCAGACAGUGAACAAGAACAGGGCCAUGCUGUUAAAAAAAAGAACAGAAAACAUAAAUCAAUAGACAUGGAUGUUUGUCAUGUGAAUGUCUCUGGAGAUUUAGAUGAUGAUCAGAAUGGAGGGGUGGAGGUAUAUCCAUCUAGGAAUGAAAUAUAUGCAGAUGGCAAAAAAGGUCUCUCUGAGGCAGAAAAUAAAUGUGCAUCAGAUGAUGUACAUAAUGGUGAUGCAAACACCAAAACUUUGAGUGAGUGUUCCAAUAGCAGAAAAGGCAAAGAAAAAGGCUUUGACAAAAACCAUCAGUGUUACUUGUGUGAAGUGAGUGUUGCAGGCAAAAAUAAUUAUAUAAAACAUCUUGGAACUGCACAUGACAAGCCUGUUUUUCAGUGUUCACAGUGUGGCAGGUGCUGCACAUCUCAAGAGGGACUUUCCUUACACCAGAGAUUUGCAUGUGACCAGGAAAAGAACCUUUCUGCCAGAGUCUACAAAUGUAAGGAGUGCCCCAUGUCUUACAAAAGUAAUCGAUCACUUCGGCGCCACAGAAGCGAACAACAUAAUAUUGGAGGUACAGUUAGAGAACAUGUGUGUCGUCUUUGUAAUAAGUCCUUUCCUCGUCAGGCAAGUUUGCCAAUUCAUCUUUUAAAAUGCAUGAAGCGGAAGAAAAAUUUUGUUGAAGAAGGGAAGGUAGAGGUUUCUUGUGAAGAAUGUCAAAAAGUGUUUUCAUCAAGACGCAGUCUAAAAUAUCACAUGUCAACUAUUCAUGAGCAAAGACUGUUUGAGUGCUCCACAUGCGGAGAAGUUUUCCGUUGGUCCAAAAGUUUGUCAAAACAUAGGCAAAAAUGUCUGCAGAUAUCUAGUGAUAGCAAAUCACACACAAAUGUACCAGAGGAUUCACCAGCUUGCACCAGCUUAUCUAGAGAUUUGGGCAAACAGCAUGGUGCAGAUAUCUAGUGAUAGCAAAUCACACACAAAUGCACCAGAGGAUUCACCAGCUUGCACCAGCUUAUCUAGAGAUUUGGGCAACAGCAUGGUGCAGAUAUCUAGUGAUAGCAAAUCACACACAAAUAAAUUUGAGAAAUUUUGAGGCCUUAAAAUGGAUUCCACUCCAGUCAUCAAUUUUUCACCAGGUCCAGCAAAACUACCAGCGUCGGUACUUGCACAAGCCCAGAAAGAAAUGGUUAACUACAAAAAUACGGGUGUCAGUGUCAUGGAACUCAGCCAUAGGUCAUCAGACUUCACAAAAAUUUUGACAGGUGCAGAAAACAAUCUCUGAAAACUGCUGAACAUCCCUAACAAUUACAAGGUGAUAUUCCUGCAAGGUGGUGGAACUGGACAAUUCUCAGCCCUCCCUCUCAAUCUUUUGGCCCUGAAACCGAGCAUGUCUGCUGACUAUGUUGUCACAGGCAGCUGGUCAGCCAAAGCAGCCCAGGAAGCAGCAAAAUAUGGCAAAGUCAACCUUGUGCUUCCAAAAACCAAGAAGUACACAGACAUCCCAGACCCAAGCACCUGGACUCUUAACCCAGAAGCAUCUUAUCUUUACUACUGUGCCAAUGAGACAAUACAUGGUGUGGAAUUCCAACAUAUUCCAGAAUUCUGUGGUGUUCCCCUGAUUGCAGACAUGUCUUCAAAUAUCCUGACACGUGACAUUGAUGUGUCCAAGUUUGGUGCUAUAUUUGCUGGUGCACAAAAGAACAUUGGUUGUGCUGGUGUCACUUUGGUCAUUAUUCGUGAAGAUCUGAUUGGGAAGGCAUUGCCCAUCUGUCCUAUCAUCUUUGAGUUCCAGGUUCAGGUUGGAAACAACUCACUGUAUAACACGCCACCAACUUACAGCAUCUACAUCAUGGGCCUUGUCUUUGAGUGGAUUUUGGAGCAAGGUGGUGUAGCAAAAAUGGAAGAAUGGGCCAUCAAAAAGUCUUCUGCAGUUUAUGAUGUCAUUGACUGCUCAAAUGGUUUUUAUGUAUGCCCUCUGGACAAGGGUUGCCGAAGCCGCAUGAAUAUUCCCUUCCGGAUUGGAUCAGCUCAGGGUGAUGAGGCUUUGGAGAAGAAAUUUAUUCAAGAGGCAGAAAAUGCAAAACUCAUUUCUCUUAAAGGCCAUAGAUCUGUGGGUGGCAUUCGAGUAUCACUGUAUAAUGCUGUUACAGUGGAUGAGACAUUAGUUUUGGUCCAGUUCAUGAAGGACUUCAUGGCUCGGUAUCGUCAGUAAAGUUCUGUGCAGAACUUGGGUGUAUCACAGCCAACGUGACAUUGGUGGACAAAAAAGACAGUUUUUUUUUUUAUGUCUUUUUGAUCUCUUGCAUUAUCUUUCACUCACACUCUCAAACUGUGGCCGAUUCUGUAUGUGAGAGAGCAAGUUUAAAUUGUGUGUGUGUAUGUGCGCGCACGCUCCAAAGUACAUGUCUGGGUGUGUUUACCAAGAGUGAAGCUAAGAACUGCAACAGAAAGAGAAUCUCAGCAUGAAGUCUUUCCACAAAGUCUAAUUGUGAUACUGAAUUCUCUGCCUUCUGUAUGAUAUCAAUACUUUGAUGAGACCAUUACAAUCUAAUUUAAGACCAUGUUGUAGAUGUGUGUGGGCUUUAUAUACAUGCCUGGUAUGAAGAAUCUUAACUCCAAAACUGCAACUAGCAAACUAGACAUGAACAUAGCCAGUCUAAAUGUGGGCAUGUUGAAUGUGGCCUGCACAAAUUUGUUCUUUCCAUUCUGUUUACCUUGAUAAUAAUAAAUAUAACCAUGUUAAGAGUAUAUAUAUAUAUAUUGCGUUAUUCAUUACCAUCAGACUUUGUAGUUGAAUCCCAUCGGUAUAGUAUAUCCACUUUGUUCAGUUUAACAAUUUUAUACUUGAUCAUAAAAAUAGCUUGUUUAAAGAAAUUCGUGCCUUGGAAUUAAUCAUCAAACUGUGGGUUAAAAAAAAUCUUUUCACUUUGUGUUUGAAAAAGGUAGCAAAUGCUCUUUAGAAGAAAAUAGAAAUUAAGGUGACCCUAUUUUACUCUGUGGCAGAGAAGAUGGCAUAUAUAUACGAUGAUGUAUAUAUGACAUAAUGUUUGAUGUGCAGACUAAAAACUGCUGCUGUAAAUCCUUUCAUAUUGAAAGCAUUAAUAUUUUUAAACUUAUAAAUACUAUUGAAUAAAACAGAAUCUAAAGCAGAGGUAUACUGAAGAAAAAUUAUCUUUUUAAAACCUAAUGUUGUUGUUUCCAUAAAGAAACUGAGUAAAAAAAAAAUCCAUCAACCCACAUUGCAGUUUGAAUUUCCUUCAUGGAAUGGAAGACCAAUAACUUUGUACAGAGCGUAGUAGCCACCCAAUUGGGACAAAAGGAACUUCAUGCAAUAGUGAAAUUAUAUAAAUCUAGUGGCAUAAAUGUGACAAAGCAUUUUAUGCCUGAUAUGCCUUGUAAGUCGUUCUGUAAGGUAAUUUGCAAGCAUUUAUCCUCUAGUACAAUUUGUCAAGUAUUAUAAAAUAUUUCGUGGGUAAGGUUCCUAAUGGUAUUCAUAAUUGGUAUGUAAGGAUAGAUGUGUAUGCAGAGUGGAUGAAAAACCUAUUUGACAAUGCAGUUUUAAAAUGCCAUUUUUCUGUUAAAUUAGUAAUAUUUUAAAGAAUGAUUUGUUUCUUGAAAUAAAAUCUUACUCAACCCUUCAUGUGCUUCACUGAAAUGUAAAAUCCAGCACAACACUGCGCAUGCAUUUUGUACAGCACAAUGUAAUGAUUUUUUGCUGUGUUCCAAGACAUGGGGAUCUCAAAUUGUGUUUAUUUUGAAAAGAUGCCCUGUAUUGACAUCUUCAAUUUAACCAAACAAGAUUCAGCAUAAUUUGUACUUUCAAGUGCUGCAUGACUAACACAGUUUUUGCCCAUUUUCAGUUAGACAUGCCUUCUUAGCAUAUUCCUGAAAACAAAUGUUCUGAAAAUACUGUGUGCUUUCACAUCGUGGUCUUAUUUUGUACAUAACCAAAGGACAAGUUGGUUGAUACCUCUCACAGCAGACUCACGAUGGCAGACAAUGUGCAGGAGGAGUAGAGACCGGUAUUUUUAUUUACAUUCUUUGUGGACCACUUGUAAAAUCCAAAGGCAAUAAAUUUGUAGUGGAAUCGAGA